AUGAACGGCACACCAGCCCGGCGAGGCGUAGGUGGCUUCCCACAGACACCACACAACAACGCCAACGCCAACAGGUCUCCCGGCCUGCAAAGCCCAGAAGCAUCUUCCCCGCGGCCAAACAUUCGAUCGCCGCUUCCCGAUCUCCCAAAAGCCCCUCCGCAGCCGACCUCAGGGCCCCUCAUACCCUCGGACAUUCUCGAUCCCGCCCAGCAGCGCUUUUAUGUCUUCGCAGUCUAUAUUGCCCUAUGGGCAUACCGGACAUAUGACUUCUAUACCUUAGCGCUCGAGGACGACGAGUCGCUGUGGCUGUGUCUGAAAUGGUGCUUCUUUGACGUGCUGUUCAUGUUCGGCGUACCGCUGCUCGAGAUUCCCUGGCUGGAAUGGGGCAAUGGCGCUGCUUUUCUCUUAUUCGUAAUGCAUGCCGGAAUCGACGUCAUGCUCAUGUUCAGAAUUGGUAUACCCGUACAAGCUUGGUUUAUGGGAUUGAUUGGUUUCCUGUGGGAUAGCGAACUGGCCAUCAGCGAACGGAGCGUCAAGCCUGGCGCAAUCAUACAUAAUGCAUCCCUAAUUCUCGGAAAGCAGAUUGUCAACAUCUUGCCCGAGGGAUCUGCCAUCCUGAACCCGGAAAGGCAGUCUUUCUGUCUCAGCUCAACCAUCUCUCAACUCGACAUUCCCAUCAGGAUCAACCAGACCGAGCCUCACGAGAUGGAACUCUUGCGCAUUGACAUCGACACCAACAUGAACGAGACCAUCACAGUCAAAAAGAGCGAGCUGAAGGGAAUGAUGAAGAAGGCAAGAAAGGCGGUCAAGAACGCCAACCCCGACGACCCGCUCACGUUGACCUACACCAUCAAGAAGCCAGGUGUAUAUCUUCUGAAGAAGGUUACAGAUCAGUCGAAGCUCCAGGUGCGACCGCGCUCAACCAACGCUGUAGUAACGACCUGCCCGCAAGCUCGAGUCAAACCGACUGGUAACAACAGAUGCCGAAGUGAUCUAUCCAACGUUUCGCUGGAAGUCGAGGGCACUCCGCCGCUUAGCGUCAAGUACCGCCUGACCGUAAAUGGAAAGCCUCGGGGUGGAUCCCAGUUUCAAAAUUUGCAGCCAGAGGAUGUCAUUUCGCCUCUGUCCAGGCACACAUCACAAGCAUUGGUAAAGAACGGACGCGAAGACAUUUCCUGGGCUCGCUCGCAGAAGGUUCUGGUGCCCUUGAACGAAACCCUCACGAACAGCGGUUCGUGGGAGUAUGAAAUUGAAGAGGUACAGGAUGGAUUGGGCAACUUUGUCAGCUACGUGAACGUCGACGACGAGGAUAGACCGAAACCCAAAGUUGCAGGCAUCCGUCAAAUGUUUGAGGUUCACGAGCGACCUACGGCUUUUCUCAAGGGAUGUAGUCCACAAAAUCCUCUCCGCGUGCCCAAAGGCAACGCCGCCCGCCUGCCUGUCCAUUACGCUUCUACUGGAAAGAACCCCAUUGACACUGUGCACACGGUCGAGUAUCUCUUCACGCCUCAGGAGAACAUCAUCGCAGAUGGCUAUCAUAGCCCAGAUGCUGUUCUGCAAAAGCAAGUCAUGCGAAAGGGAGAGCAACCCACCAUCUCAGCAGCAGGUCUAUACACAAUCAAGUCUGUAGCAUCCGAGUUCUGCGAUGGUGAAGUCUUUGAGCCUACCUCGUGUCUGCUCCAAAACCCACCUGAGCCGGACAUGACAUUGGACAGUGAAGACAUUAUCGACAAGUGCGCUGGUAACCCAAUUGGUCUUCGUGUUGGUCUCGAUUUCGUGGGAAGCCCACCUUUCACACUCACCUACUACGAAAAGAAGGAUAAUGGAAGAGAGAUCAGAAAGACACCUCUGCAGAUUGCCAGUCUUCGCAGCACAAUCGAUCUCACCCCACAAGAUGCUGGUCACUACGAAUACAUUUUUAAGACGAUUAGCGACUCUGUGUACCCGGAGAGGCCCCUCAACAACAUUAGACUUCAGCAAGACGUGAAGCCAUCUGCACAAGCACACUUUAUUGAGAGUAGAAGGCCCAAGCAGGCUUGUAUCGAUGAUAUCGCGGAGUUCGAUGUUGGCUUCGUUGGAGAGGCACCCUGGAAACUGGAAUACGAGAUUGUCCAUAACGGCAAGCGCACAAGGCGCUCUAUCGAAACCGAAAACGCACACUACACUAUUCGAACCGACAAGCUUAGCAGUGGUGGAGAGUAUGUUGUGGCAUUGACCAGCGUUACCGAUAAAGCCAAGUGCAAAGAAGUUCUUAAGGAAGAAGCUAGGGUUAAUGUACGACACGAACGCCCCAAGGCUUACUUCGGCCACAUUGAGGGCAAGCAGUCGGUACUGGCACUGGAAAGCCGACAGGUUGGACUACCGCUUCGCUUUACCGGAAACGGUCCUUGGUCGCUCAAGUACGAGAACUUGAAGACCAAAGAAGUCAAACGAGAGUCUUUCCAGAACCCCAACUCGUGGCUUGAUGUCAAGACAGACGGUACAUAUCAACUUAUUUCAGUCCGGGACUCUAUCUGUCCAGGUCUGAUCGAUGAGACGGCGGAUCAAUUUCACGUUUCUUGGGUGGCUCGACCCUCGCUCAGCGUUCCCGAAAAGAGCGCUGUUCUUGAUGGAAGCAAGUACAUCAAAGAGCCUGUUUGUGAAGGCGAUGAGGAUGCAUUUGAUGUCUCCCUGACUGGUAAUCCUCCUUUUGACAUUUCUUACCGACAGGAGUACAAGGACAAGAAGGGCAAGACAGCCUCAGUUAGUGAAAAGGAUCUUCACACUGCAGGUGGCUUCGCUUCUAUACGAUCGGAAACCUCCAAGGCUGGUACUUACGAGUACACUUUCUUGAAACUUGCCGACUCUCGCUAUGACCAUUCGAAGAAGCAUUUCUCGCCCGUCACUAUCCAGCAAACUGUCCACUCACGACCGAGUGCGCGCUUUGAUAAGCCUGGAAAGACGUACAGUUACUGCUCUCGGGAGUCAGAGGGAGAAGAGGUCAUUCCCAUCACUUUGGAGGGCAUUGCACCUUUCUACCUCGAGGUUGAAAUCAAGCAUCAAGGUACACCCAAACCGGAGAUCAGCAUUCACAAGAACAUUCCUACGAACAAGUACGAUCUCAAGAUUGAGCACCGCAAGAUGCACCUAGGCCACUCAUCCAUCUCCAUUCGCAAGGUUCGCGACUCGCGCGGAUGUACGCUCAAGCCCCCACCAGGCGGUCCUCGUGUCCAGAUCAGCGUGCACGAUGCUCCAACUGCCACACCUCUGGAAGACCGCCAGGACUUCUGUGUCGGCGAGCGCCUCUCUUUCGCGCUUGGCGGCCAAUCCCCCUUUACAGUCUUCUACACGUUCGAGAAGCAAGAGCGCAAGGCGUCCAACCCAGGCACCACCUUCCGCCGUCUGGCCGAACUCCCCGGCACCUUCACCAUCACUGGUCUCCGCGACUCGGCGUCAGAAUGCAUGGCCAGUCUGGACCUCACCAAGACGAUCCACCCCAUCCCCUCUGUGCGCCUCUCGGGCGGCCAAGUCACCGAAGUCGACAUCCACGAGGGCGGCGGCACCGAUCUUGAAUUUCAGUUCUGGGGCACCCCACCCUUUGAAUUUACAUAUACCCGUAGCACCAAUGCCAACAAGGGACGAAAGAGCAAGGUGUUGGAGAUUCGGACGGAAGUUAGCCACGAAAUGACAAUGAGUAUCCCUGUUCAGGAAGAGGGUACGUAUGAGGUGGUUUCGAUCAAGGAUCGCUGGUGUAGUUUUGCAAGGCCGGGAGAGGGCGUGGAUGGGAAGAGUGGGGGACAGAAGAUGUUGACGUAUUGA